GAAGGGGAGGAAGUCAGUUGUACGAUUGAACCCGCAGGGGUACUCUAACAUCGUUUCCAAACAUAGCCUAGGUUUCGAAGCCGACGCCCUAACCCGCAGUUAAAAAGCCCGUUGCUGACCCUUUUUUCCUCUUCCCCGCCCCGAAUCUUCCCAAUUCGGCAUACAGGGAGAGAGAAACAAACCGAAGUUUUGGCCUGCAGAACCCUAAUUUAGCUGGAUUCCAAUGGCGUCGAAGUUCGGAAUGGCCGGUGGUAUACCGGAGCGUCGGGUCCGACCAAUAUGGGAUGCCAUUGACUCUCGCCAAUUCAAGAAUGCUCUCAAGCACUCCGCUUCUCUGAUAACUAAAUUCCCCAACUCUCCGUACGCUCUCGCACUUAAGGCCCUCAUUUUGGAAAAGAUGGGUAAAUCUGACGAAGCACUUUCUGUAUGCUUAAAUGCCAAAGAGCUAUUGUACAACGACACCAUCUUAAUUGAUGACCUCACUCUCAGCACACUGGAGAUUGUAUUCCGACGACUUGAUCAUUUGAGCAUGGCUACUAGUUGUUAUGAGUACGCCUGCAUGAAAUUUCCUAACAAUUUGGAAUUAAUGACGGGUCUUUUCAACUGUUAUGUUCGUGAAUACUCAUUUGUGAAACAGCAACAGAUAGCUAUUAAAAUGUACAAGAUUGUUGGUGAAGAAAGAUUCUUGCUUUGGGCAGUUUGCAGCAUUCAGUUGCAGGUCUUAUGUGGCAAUGGAGGAGAGAAGCUGUUGCUUUUAGCUGAAGGUUUGCUUAAGAAGCACAUUGCUUCACAUAGUUUGCAUGAGCCAGAAGCUCUUAUUGUCUACAUUUCUCUAUUGGAACAGCAAUCCAAAUAUAGGGAUGCUUUGGAAAUUCUUUCUGGAAAAUUAGGGUCUCUUAUAAUGCUUGAAGUUGACAGAUUACGCAUAGAGGGAAGGCUUCUUGCUCGGGCAGGUGAUUAUGUGGCUGCUGCUGAUGUAUUUCAGAAAGUCCUAGAAUUGUGCCCUGAUGAUUGGGAAUAUUUCCUGCAUUACUUAGGCUGUUUGCUGCAGGAUGACAGUAGUUGGUGCAAUGGCACUAAUGGUGACCCAAUUCAUCCAUCUAAAUCUGUAGACUGCAAACUUUCACACUUGACAGAUGAAGUGUUUGAUUCUUGUAUAGCAAAUGCAUCUGCUUUUGUUCAAAAGUUACUGGCUUCUGCUAGUAAUGAUUCUGUAAGAUGUCCACACUUGGCAAAGCUUGAAAUUGAGAGGAGGAAGUUCUUGUUUGGAAAGGGAGAUGAUGACAAAUUAAUGGAGGCUCUGAUGCAAUACUUUUUAAGGUUUGGUCACUUGGCCUGCUCCACUUCAGAUGUUGAGGUGUUUCUUGACAUGCUAAGUCAGGAUAAAAAGACAAAACUUGUUGAGAAGUUAAUGGAAGGCUGUGAAUCCCCUUCAAUAACACUAACAAAAGCACUUGGGAAAUCAAUAACCCUUUUUAAGGUUCAAGAAUUUCUUGGCAACUUCUUCACUCUUGCAGUGAGAGACCUUGAAGGCAUUGCUGUACAAAUGGUGGAGAUGUACUGCAAGAACCUUGCACUCUCGAAGGACUUGGAUGUGCAAGAGAGCAUGCAUGGCGAAGAGCUUCUGACUAUGGCGUCCAACAUCUUGGUUCAGUUGUUCUGGCGAACUAAACAUCUUGGCUAUUUGGUGGAGGCAAUUAUGGUUCUGGAGUUCGGUUUGACUAUAAGAAGAUACGUAUGGCAGUACAAGAUAUCAUUGCUGCACUUGUAUUCUCAUUGGGGUGCCCUUUCUCUAGCAUAUCAAUGGUACAAGUCUUUGGAUGUGAAGAAUAUCUUGCUGGAAACUGUUUCUCACCACAUCUUACCCCAGAUGUUGAUGUCUCCCCUUUGGGUAGAUUUGGGUGACCUUUUGAGAGAUUAUCUGAAAUUCAUGGAUGACCACUUCAAAGAAUCUGCAGAUCUUGCAUUUCUUGCAUAUCGCCAUCGAAAUUACUCAAAAGUAAUUGAAUUUGUUCAAUUUAAAGAGAGAUUACAACGCUCCAGUCAAUAUUUAAUGGCACAGAUUGAAGCACCGAUUCUACAACUAAAGCAGAAUGCUGAUAAUGUUGAAGAGGAAGAGUCUGUCCUUGAAAGCUUGAAGUAUGGAAUUCUCUUGAUUGAGCUCUCAAGUGAUAUUGGAUGCACAUCUUUGACUUUCAAUGAAGAUUUGCAAUUAAGGCCUUGGUGGACGCCAACUUAUGACAAAAAUUACCUUUCAGGACCAUUUGAAGGAACAGCUUGCUGUCCUAGAGGAGACAAGCAACGUCAGAUUAAACAAGCUGAAGAAAAUGUACCAAAAGUAAUUGAAAGGAGAUCUCUUCUUCCUCGGAUGAUUUAUCUGUCCAUCCAGUGUGCAUCAUCAUUUGUCAAGGAAAACAUUGAAACUAAUGGUUCUGCAUUCAACUCUAAAGUCUCCUUAGAGUUAAAGAUUUUGCUGGAACGUUAUGCGAAAUUCUUGGGAUUUUCUUUCCAGGAUGCAAUAGAGGUGCUUUUUGCAAUUUCAAGUGAAAAGAAGUCUUCAGAGGCUUUGAGUUCAGACCUGAUUAACUGGAUGAACUUUGCUGUGUUUUUGAAUGCAUGGAACCUGAACUCAAAUGAGCUUGGGCCAGAUAAAGAUACAUGCAGACCUGACACUUGGCAUAUUGUAAAUUCUUUGAUAGAGAAGUAUGUACUGGAGAAGCUCAGAUCCAUGGGACCCUUGAUUUCUUCUCCUGGAUGUGAUCUACAUUUGUUAGUGCAAUUGGUUACAGAGCCCUUGGCCUGGCAUGGUCUAGUUGUACAGUCUUGUGUCAGGUCAUUGCAUCCAUCUGGAAAGAGGAAGAAGAAAGGUGGAUCUGCAGAGCAGACAAAUUCGCAACUAUCUCGAGUAGUCAGUGAUUCAAUCCAGACUCUCUGUUGUGUUGUAGAGGAAGUUGCAAUAUGGCUAAGAGAGCAAAUCAAGAAGCCCAUGGAUACAAACAUGGAAAUAAUACUUUCUUCCAUUCAGGUAAAAGAAAAGAGUGAAGGGCCUGGGAAAGUUUCUCAAAUUUUGGAAACUUGUGUCUCAUCGGUCAGUCAUGUAGAACUUGGCGACCGGAUCUCCCAAGCAUUGAAAUCCUGGAAUCCUGCGGAUGUUGCGAGAAAGAUAGUGACCGGAGAGUCCACUGUAAUGUCUCAAUUUCUCCGGAUCUGUGAGUCAAAAGUUAAAUCAUUGAAGGCACUGAAACUGCAGGUAUAGAUUUCUGAAAGAUACUGCGGGUCGUUGCACAGUUUUAUGCGGUUGCUUCGCUUUGUUCUCGGAUUUUGACCGAAAGGAUGGGGGUUUUGUUGGGAUCGAGUGUAUACCAUGCUUCAGCCACCCCAGAGGGGUGAGAAAAUUGGAGGGAGCACACAAUUUGUAUGUGUUUGUGCUUUUUCUUGAUCUCUUUGCCGAACUUUUUAGUGGUGCAUUUUUUUUUUUUUUUUGAGGGGUUUUUUCGUUUAUUUUUCCUCUUUGAGAGUAGAUUUUCAUUUUCGCCUUUAGGGGCAUUGUACACCAAAUAAACAUAAAGUUUCUGUUUUGGUUUUUGAGCACUUUUCAGUCUGCC